AUGGUGCCCAGCGAGGAGAACCAGCUCGUCCCCAAGGAGAUAGAAAGUGCUGCUGAGGAGCCCAGAGUGCUGUGCAUAGUACAGGAUACCACAAAUUCCAAGACAGUAAAUGAACGUAUUACUUUAAAUCUGCCAGCUUCCACCCUGCUUAAAAGGCUGUUUGAAGAUGUGGCUUCAAAAGUGGGCUAUGUGAACGGAACUUUUGAUUUAGUGUGGGGCAAUGGAGAUAACAUAACUGAUACAACCCCAAUAGAGCAGAACAGUGACAAGAGUAUUCUUGAUGCUGGCUUUGAGUCAGGGAAGAAGAACUUUCUGUAUUUGACAGACAAAGAUGGUGAACAGCCUCGUAUGAUGCCGGAGGAGACAGGUACAACAGAUGACAGUACCCAAGACAGAUUCAUAGGCCCUCUUCCAAGAGAAGGCUCUGUUGGCUGCACCAAUGAUUACGUCAGUCAAAACUACUCUUAUUCUUCAGUCCUGAGCAAAUCUGAGACAGGCUAUGUGGGACUAGUAAAUCAAGCAAUGACUUGCUACUUGAACAGCCUUCUACAAACACUUUUCAUGACUCCUGAAUUUAGAAAUGCGUUAUACAAAUGGGAGUUUGAAGAAUCUGAAGAGGAUCCAGUGACAAGCAUCCCUUACCAGCUUCAAAGACUAUUUGUUUUACUGCAAACCAGCAAAAAGCGAGCAAUUGAAACAACAGAUGUAACCCGGAGUUUUGGAUGGGAUAGUAGUGAAGCAUGGCAACAGCAUGAUGUGCAGGAGCUUUGUAGAGUCAUGUUUGAUGCUUUGGAGCAGAAGUGGAAGCAAACAGAACAGGCCGACCUUAUAAAUCAGCUGUAUCAAGGCAAACUGAAAGACUAUGUAAGAUGUCUAGAAUGCGGCUACGAAGGAUGGAGAAUUGACACUUACCUGGAUAUUCCCUUGGUCAUCCGGCCCUACGGCUCCAACCAGGCGUUUGCUAGCGUGGAAGAAGCACUGCAUGCUUUCAUUCAGCCUGAGAUUCUUGAUGGCCCUAAUCAGUAUUUUUGUGAAAGAUGCAAGAAGAAAUGCGAUGCAAGAAAGGGCCUCAGAUUCCUCCAUUUUCCCUAUCUGCUGACGUUGCAGCUCAAGAGAUUUGACUUUGAUUAUACUACUAUGCACAGAAUUAAACUCAAUGAUCGCAUGACUUUUCCUGAGGAGCUAGACAUGAAUGUUUUCAUUGAUGUUGAAGAUGAGAAGUCUCCUCAGACUGAAAGUUGCACUGAUAGUGGAGCAGAGAAUGAAGGUAGCUGUCACAGUGAUCAGAUGAGCAAUGACUUUUCCAAUGAUGAUGGUGUUGAUGAAGGAAUCUGCCUUGAAAACAACAGUGCAGCUGAAAGAAUUUCUAAAAUCAGCAGUGAAAAGAGUUCUUUACUGUAUGAGCUUUUUUCUGUCAUGGUUCAUUCUGGAAGUGCUGCUGGUGGCCACUAUUAUGCCUGUAUCAAAUCUUUCAGUGAUGACCAGUGGUACAGCUUUAAUGAUCAACAUGUUAGCAAGAUAACUCAGGAAGAUAUUAAGAAAACAUAUGGUGGAUCUUCUGGAAGCAGAGGUUAUUACUCCAGUGCAUUUGCCAGCUCCACAAAUGCAUACAUGCUGAUAUAUAGACUAAAGGACCCAACAAGAAAUGCAAAGUUUCUUGAGGCACAUGAAUUUCCAGAGCAUAUUAAAAAAUUGGUGCAGAAAGAGAGAGAAUUGGAAGAACAAGAAAAGAGACAACGUGAAAUUGAGCGGAACACUUGCAAGAUUAAGUUGUUCUGCAUGCAUCCCGUUAAACAAAUCAUGAUGGAGAACAAAUUAGAGGUUCAUAAGGACAGGACACUGAAGGAAGCUGUUGAAAUAGCUUACAAGCUAAUGGAUUUGGAAGAGUCUGUUCCUUUGGAUUGCUGUCGUCUUGUUAAAUAUGAUGAGUUCCAUGACUACUUGGAGCGGUCUUAUGAAGGAGAAGAGGAUACACCAAUGGGACUAUUACUUGGAGGGGUCAAAUCAACUUACAUGUUUGACUUACUUUUGGAAACAAGAAGACCAGACCAGUUUUUCCAGUGCUAUAAACCUGGUGAGGUCAUGGUAAAGGUUCAUGUAGUUGACCUGAAGACUGAAUCUGUUGCUCCUCCAAUAAGUGUACGAGCUUAUCUGAAUCAAACAGUUUCAGAAUUCAAACAGCUUAUUUCAAAGGCUACACACCUGCCUGCUGAAACGAUGCGGGUGGUAUUCGAACGUUGCUACAAUGACUUGCGUCUUCUGAAUGUGUCCAGCAAAACAUUGAAAGCAGAAGGCUUUUUUAGAAGCAACAAAGUAUUUAUUGAAAGCUCUGAGUCUUUGGACCGUCAUGCAGUGUAUAUGGACUCUCACUUAUGGAAACUUUUGGAUCGUCAUGCAAAUACAAUCAGACUGUAUGUCUCCUUACCAGAGCAACCGCCUGCAUCUCAGUUCAGACGAACAGUUUAUCAGAAGUCAAGUGGAGACUCAGGCAACUUGGAUGAAGUCUGUGAAAGAGUGAAAGGACCUGUUGGUAAUAUGAAAUACGUAAAUGCAGUUCUGGAAGAAAGCACUGAAAAGCUUAAAAGCUACUCCCUGCAGCAGCAGCAGCAGGAGGCGGAUAAUGGGGAUAGCAGCAAAAGCACAGAGGCCAGUGAUUUUGAAAACAUUGAAUCACCAGUGAAUGAAAUAGACUCUUCAGCGUCAGCAGAAAACAGGGAGCUUGAAAACCAGAUUCAGGUUUCUGAUCCGGAAAACCUGCAGUCUGAGGAGCGGUCGGAUUCGGAUGUGAAUAAUGACAGGAGCACCAGUUCGGUGGACAGUGACAUCCUGAGUUCCAGUCACAGCAGUGACACUUUGUGCAAUGUGGACAGUGCCCCAAUUCCCUUGGCCAAUGGGCUGGAUUCACACAGCAUCACAAGCAGUAGGCGAUCCAAAGCGAAUCAGGGGAAGAAAGAAACCUGGGAUACAGCUGAAGAAGAUUCUGGAACUGAUAGUGAAUAUGAUGAAAGUGGCAAGAGUAGAGGAGAAGCACAAUAUAUGUACUUUAAGUCAGAACCCUACACUGCAGAUGAAGGUUCAGGAGAAGGACAAAAAUGGUUGGUGGUGCAUGUUGAUAAAAGAAUUACACUGUCUGCCUUCAAGCAACAUUUGGAGCCAUUUGUUGGAGUUCCAUCCUCCCACUUCAAAGUCUUUCGUGUCUAUGCCAGCAAUCAGGAGUUUGAGAGUGUCCGGCUCAAUGAGACCCUGUCGUCAUUUUCCGAUGAUAAUAAGAUUACGAUUAGACUUGGAAGAGCCCUUAAGAAGGGGGAAUACAGAGUCAAAGUGUACCAGCUUUUAGUAAAUGAGCCAGAGCCAUGCAAGUUUCUUCUAGAUGCAGUUUUUGCUAAAGGAAUGACUGUCCGACAGUCCAAAGAGGAGCUCCUUCCUCAGCUGCAAGAACAGUGUGGCCUGGACUUAACCAUUGACAGGUUUCGCUUACGAAAGAAAACCUGGAAGAACCCAGGCACUGUGUUCCUGGAUUAUCAUGUCUAUGAAGAAGAUAUCAAUAUUUCAAGCAACUGGGAGGUCUUCUUAGAAAUACUUGAGGGUGUAGAAAAAAUGAAAUCUAUGUCGCAGCUUGCUGUUCUGUCAAGACGUUGGAGGCCAUCGGAGAUGAAGCUGGAUUCUUUCCAGGAAGUCGUGCUGGAAAGCAGCAGUGUUGAUGAAUUGAGAGAGAAGCUGAGUGAAAUAAGUGGAAUACCCUUAGAAAACAUAGAAUUUGCAAAGGGUAGAGGAACCUUUCCAUGUGACAUUUCUGUACUAGAGAUUCACCAGGACUUGGACUGGAAUCCAAAAGUUUCUACACUGAAUGUCUGGCCUCUGUAUAUUUGUGAUGAUGGCGCAGUAAUAUUUUAUAGGGAUAAAACUGAAGAAUUAAUGGAAUUAACAGAGGAGCAGAGAAAUGAACUGAUGAAAAAAGAAAGCAGCAGACUGCAGAAAACUGGACACCGGGUAACCUACUCUCCUCGUAAAGAAAAAGCACUAAAAAUAUAUCUGGACGGAGCGCCAAAUAAAGAUUUGACUCAAGACUGAUACUUGCUAUAGCAUUUUCCCUGGGAAAUUUUUUGUUAAAAUAAAAAAAAAGUUCACUACUACUGUGUAGUGCCAUUACGGCAGGACACUCAUUAGGUGUAAGUGCUGACACCAGCACUGACUGGGCCGUGUUCCCAGUCAGAAGCUCAGUGCCCCAGUGGGUCACUGUUUGACUUGGAAUCAUGUUGUGCACUAUAGUUAAAUGUACUGUAAAGCUAAAAGGGAUGUGCAAAUAAAAGAUUAGAACUAAAAAGUGGGCGGGGAGGGAAAUGAGUGGAAAUUUUUGAGGACAGUGUGCACAUAGUAGCUAGUGAAACUAGCUUCAAACAGGAUAUUCAUAGCUUAAUAAUAAAAGCUGUGCAAAGGCCAUGAAAGAAUUCUUUUUUUUUUCCUGUUUGUUUCACUGAUACACACAUUACCUCAUCAGAGAGUCUGAAGUACAUGUUAAAAUAAGGGUUCUGGAAAAGCUGCAACAAGGGGUCGCAGAUGCGUAACGGAAGUGCUGCAAGUGUUGUAAGGUUUUAGAAUAUCCUUCCAGCAACUGGGCAGGCUGAGACAGGUGUCUUUGGAAAGCUGCUGCAGGUGUUGGCUUGUUGAGCAGAAAGGCUGUUGUAAGGUAAACUGGGGUUUUAAUAGGUUCUGGAAGCUGGUGAGCAGCUAUUGCAUUCGAUGUGUAAAUAAAACUUGCCCUCUCCAUUUAACAGAACUGCAGUUCAGCUAUUUACCAUGGUAUUUCUUUUCACAUAUCAGCAUUCAUUGUGUACAUUUGAAAGUAUAGUUGCCUAUUUAAAUUUGUAUUCAUUUUAUGUUUGACAAUGCUGGGUACUUUAGGAUUGUAUUUCCCCUUGUUAAUGAAGUUUCUGUUUUGUUCAGCUACUUUUUUUUUGUACAUUUUGUUUUUGAGACUAUUACAAGUUUGCAUCUUCACCCACUGAAAGUCAUUUUAUUUUUUUUCCUGGAGUUGAUUCUGUAGCUAUAUGUAGUUAAGUAUUUGGGCAACCUCCAACACCUCAACAAGUACAAACUUCUUGGUAGUUCAGGUUGUGGUGCAAAGACUGAUGCAGCCAACAUGAUUUCAUUGC